AUGUACACUGUAUUUAUUUUAUUAGCGAUAGUAUGUACUAUAAGUGGUCCUUAUUCAGUAAUCGCUUCUGUAGGUGAGACGGAUCUCAAUGAUUUGUCGGAACAACAGAAUUCCAUUGUUAUUAAUAAAUGUUGUGAACCAAACGAAAUCAUGGUCGACUCCGUGUGUCGCCUAGCUGAUAAUUAUAAUCAAAGUUUAUGGGUGCCUCAAUUUAAAACUGAAGAUGGUAAAGAUGCAAAAGUUGAAUAUUUUAAAUAUUUAAGUGGUGUACCAGACUGUGCUACAACACAACAAAGGCCGAUAUUUUAUUUUGGAAAAUCUGAGGAUGAGCUUAAUCUGCUCUCAGACGGUCGUAUGCGGCACCUUAUUCAUCAUGAACAUAGCUAUGACAGCAUCAAAGAUGAACAUAUGGCGACCAACAUGUAUUCAUUACAUGGAUCUAUUAUCAUACCAGAGGUUAAAGAACCAUCAUCAUAUAUUCAUGACCAGAACAAAUACUGCAUGGAUAAGAUUUUGAUGACUAGCACUAAUUUAACAGGUGAAUAUGCAUUAGUGUGUGUGCCCCAAGUAAAAAUUAACUGGAAAGAUACAAGUUUCCUUAUGAGGAAGGUUCUAAAUCCACUGUUUCAUGCAGUUGCUAUGGUGUUAUUUUUAUUGACAGCUAUAAUAUACUUUGUACUGCCUACAUUGCGUGAUCUAGCUGGAAAUAUUAUAACAAGUAUUAAUGUGUGUUUGAUUGUAAGUCAAGCUGCUGAUUUAGUAAGAAUAUUCACUGAAUUUAGUAACCACAUCAGUUUUAUGAUUACUGAUAUAAUUCUUUACAUAAGUUUACUGGGUGCAUUCUUUUGGCUAAACAGUUAUGGAUUUUAUAUUUGGAAAACAUUUAAAUCAAGGAAUGUUUUUCUGCGAGUGACCGAUGUACGCAAAUACUGCUACUAUUCGAGUGUAGUUUGGUCAGCUGUAAUUUUGAUGGCAGCCAUGGCUAUUGGUGCGCAUUUUCUGCUAGAUACCGGGACAAACCCAUACCGAAAAAUGCGCACUCAAUUCUCUUCCUCCAUUCUAGUUGAUGAUGUGGAACAGGAAACAAUUGGAUGGCUAGGUAUCGCAAUAUUUUUUACACCAGUUGCAUUCACAAUACUCUUUAAUGUUUUCUUUUAUAUUACUACUCUCAAAGUAAUAAAAAGAAUAAAUAUCUAUGGAAGGAUUCACCAUAAACUAAAAGGAUGCUUCAAUUUAUUUCUACAACUGUUUUUAAUAAUGACUACGGCAUGGUUGUUUCUUCUUUUGUCAUGGUUAAACUUUGAUGGCUUGAUUUACGCACACAUUAUAGUAAAUCUGCUACAAGCUAUUUUAGUGUUUUACGUGUGUGUCGUGCGUCAAUCACACGUAACAUUUCUGUUAAGGAAAAGUUGUUGUUACGCUGAGCCGGUACCAACUGGUGAAUGGGGUGAUGAAAUGACCCAUAUGAAUGGUGGCAACUAUUAG